AUGGCAACGGACAAAUGCACUGUACUGGUGAGGCCUGAACCUGUUGACAAUGGGAAAGAUGACUUCAGGGGUCCUGAGUUUCGCAGCCGGAAACCAGGCGUACUGCGGAGAGAGUUUUCGAGGAGACGUGGAGGUGGCGAACACAUGGAAAUUGUCAGUUGCACCGCUUGUGGCAGACAAGUUAACCACUUCCAAAGAGAUUCCUUCUACCGACAUCCAGUUCUGAACGUUCUUAUUUGCAAGUCUUGCUACAAGUAUUACUCAAGUGAUGACAUCAGUAAGGAUGGAGAUGGAAUGGAUGAGCAAUGCAGAUGGUGUGCUGAAGGAGGCAACUUGAUAUGUUGUGACUACUGUAGUAAUGCCUUCUGCAAGAAGUGUAUUCUAAGAAAUUUGGGAAGGAAGGAGCUUUCAGGCAUCUUGGAAAGCAAGUGGUACUGCUAUGUCUGUAGCCGUGAGCCCCUUUGCGAUCUGGUGAUGGCCUGUGACAGCGUACUCGAGAACAUGGAGAACAUGUGGUUUCAGCAGCGCAAAAGGAACAGGGUAGAGCCGGAAAAAUCUCAACUUUACCACAUGUUGCCACACUUGCAACAAAACAUUCCUUUGGAUAAAUGGGAUCACACUGGUAUGGAUGGGAAUGUGGUGUUCAACUAUAACACACUGCAGAUUUCCAAGGAGAUCACCAAAAAAGCCAAACAUUUAGUGGACUCAACAAACAUCUUAAACCGGACAUUUGUCAAUUUCAUUCAUACUGUGACGUCAAACAAAAAAGCACCUACGGUUCGCAAGCUGCACCUGAACUCUUUUUUGUCAGUAGUCAAAGGAUUGCGAAAAUCACUUGCAGCACUUGAGGAUAGCCUUAAGGAAGAAUUCAGUGACGUGGAUGUCAUGAGCUGUUGGGAAAAGUUCUUUAGUGAAGACUUCGAUGCACAACCUGUAGUAGAUUCAGGCACAGAGCCGGAAAGCUCUGAAGAAAGGUGUUUGAGUGUCUUGCGGAAAUUGGCAGCCGAACAAACAGAAGAUUAUGAUUCUGACUCCAAAGGCUUCAAGGACAGGAGGACUGCAUGUGCCUGCCCCGGUGAAAACAUGGAUUCAGAUUCAUGUGAAGCCACACAGAGUGCACAGAAGAAUGCCCUGAUGCCUUCUGAAAGCGGGAUUAACAUGACUAAAAAACUAGUGGUUCAACUUACUCCUGUACCAAUGGAGCAGGAGCAAUCCUCUUGUGCCCCAAAGAAUGAGAAGGACAUCAGCAUGAGCGACAACACAUCAGAGGGAAAGGAUGUAUCAGAAGAUGAAAAACCAUAUGUUAAAGGUGUUAAAGCUGACAGCAAGAUAAGCAACAACAACUCUAUUGCAUCUCUACACCCAGAAGAACAACAUGGCAAUAGACGUUCUCCCCGCUUGAAGACGACACCUUUGCGGCGACCAAGUGGCGUCAAGUCCAAAGAGUCUCUUUCAGCAGCAGACAGUGACAGUGAUUCUGGCCCUGAGGAAACCUCCAGCCAAAUACCUGCCAAAAACACUGAAGAACCAAGUCUGAGCCGAGCAAGAGACGACUCUGACUCAGAUGAAGUCCCUGUAGCUCUGAUUGAGCGAUCUGCUAUGACACAAAGCUCAGAUGAACCCCAGAGCGAUGAGAACGGUGGAAAAGCAUCAAAUAAGGUGGCCAAGAAAUGUCUCUUUUGGCUAACAAAGAACUCCCCGCUCUCCCCGGAGAACAUGCGCCGAAAACGCAAGAUGCUAGACCGCUCCUCAGAAUCAGACUCGAGUAAUAGAAUAACUAAAUCACGAAGAGAAAACGGGACAGAUUCCUCUAGCGAUGAUCAAGACUCACAGAAGAAGAUGCAACACUUGAAUACUUUGAGGCCAAUUGGGAAGUCUCCCCUCGUCAAAAGAGAUAAUGAAAAAUCGCCUAAAAAGCCGGUUGGGAUACACGCUGAAAAAUCUAAGGCUAAAUCCCGCCAGAAAGCAAUGGAGUCCUCCUCCUCAUCAAGCGAAGAUGAAGAUGAUGGCGAAGAGACCGGGAGUGAAGGAAGUGAUCAGAAGAUUAAGCGAAUCACUGAAGAUGUGGCCUUACUGGGGGCAGCAGCAUUCCACCAAUCGUCUGGAGACGACGAGGAGCACUCUGGGCCCUCGUGGGCAGCAGAAGAUGAUGAUGAUGAUCCAGAAAAUAGAAUCGCAAAGAAAAUGCUUUUGGCCCAAAUCAAAGCCAACUACUCCUCGGGCGAUGAUAUCUCUUCAGACGAGGAGACGCAGGAGACAUCUGACUCGGAGGAUGAUCAGGCGGUCAAAAAAGGCAAUAAGGAUAAUAAAACAGAUGAAGGGGAAGACUCUGCUGCAGGGGAAGACUUUGAUACCGAAUCUUCUGACGCCAUGUCUGAUGGGCCCACCUCCAAGCACCAUCUUCUCCGCCACGGACUGACCUUGGAUGACGGAGCGCCUGUUGAUAAGGCUGGGGCAGAGAGUGAAGCAGGAGAGCCAAAGAGCAAGCAAAAAACCAGCAGAAAACUCCUAAACUCUGAUAGUGAAAGUGAUGCUGAGAGCAACGAGUCGGAGCAGGAGGACGCCGGGAUGAGCGAGGAGCUGAGUCUGUCAGAGAACGAGGACGGUGACGACAAACUCAAAAGAGGAUCCAGUCAAAGGAAGGAGAGGCCUCAUGAGAAGCAGGCAGUGCCCUGCAUUUGGUUAUCUGACUCCAACAGUGAAAAGAGUGAUAAAGAGGAUGCAGGUGAGGAGAACAGCGACGGUAAAGGCACCCCCAAAGGACGCAAAAAGAUUCGCAAAAUCAUCGAUGAUGUGAAUCUCCGCGCUGAGACGCAGGAAGCCCUCAGAGAGGAAGAGGAGAGACGCAAACGUUUGGCAGAAAGGGAACAACAGAUGAAGGACAGGAGAACGAUAACUAUCCCAGAUGAUGAUGAUAUCCCGUGUCCCAUCACCAUCAAGCUGAUCCUGGAUCAGGACAAGGAGAACAAAAAUCCUCUCGUUCAGGUGCACAGGAACCUGGUGACGAGCCUGAAGCCUCACCAGGUGGAUGGCGUCCAGUUCAUUUGGGACAGUUGUUGUGAGUCUGUGAAGAAGGCCAACUCUUCUCCUGGAUCUGGCUGCAUACUGGCACACUGCAUGGGCCUUGGAAAAACUCUGCAGACGGUAGCCUUCCUCCACACGGUGCUGCUGUCGGAGAACCUAAGAUUCAGAACGGCCCUGGUCGUUUGUCCGCUCAAUACCAUCCUCAACUGGGUCAACGAGUUCAGUAAAUGGCAAAAAAACUUGGGACAGGAUAAAUUAAAGGUCACAGAACUGACGACAGUAAAGCAUCCCCCAGAGCGAAUCAGGGUUCUGCAGAGGUGGAUGAGAGAGGGAGGCGUGAUGAUAAUGGGCUAUGAGAUGUACCGCAACCUGUCUCUAGCCAAGAGAGAUGACGAGGAGAGCAGGAAGGAGAUAAAGAGCCUACUGGUGGAUCCAGGUCCAGACUUUGUGGUCUGUGACGAGGGACACAUCUUGCGCAAUGAAACUUCUAAUAUCUCCAAAUCUAUGAACGCCAUCAAGACCCGACGGAGAGUGGUGCUAACUGGCACUCCACUACAGAACAACCUGAAUGAGUACCACUGCAUGGUGAAUUUCAUCAAGAAGAAUCUGCUGGGCUCACUGGGCGAAUUCAGAAACCGCUUCAUCAACCCCAUACAGAACGGCCAGUGUGCGGACUCCACGUCACGAGACGUCCGCAUCAUGAAGAAGCGAGCGCACGUGCUUCAUGCAAUGUUGGCUGGAUGUGUGCAGAGAAGAGAUUACUCAGAGUUGACUCAGUUUCUGCCUCCCAAACACGAGUACGUGCUGGCUGUGAGGCUCUCCCCACAUCAGUACAGGUUGUACCGCUACUACCUCGACAACAUCACUGCUAUGGGUUCCUCGAAGAACAGAGUGAAUGUGAAGGUGGGAGCAAAUCUGUUCAAGGACUUUCAGGUGCUCAGCCGCAUCUGGACCCACCCCUGGUGCAUUCAGCUGAACCACAUCAGCAAAAUAAAGAAGGGAUAUCUUCUAAAUAAGAAUACAAAUGAAUCAGCAGAACAGCGGAGAAAUGAAGAGCGUGCUGUGGCUGAGAGUGCACUCAGAGCGAUCAAAGGGCCAGGAGGGAACAGCGAGGCCGGCCCUACAGCGGGUGUUGCUGGUGUGUCCACAACUGCUCCAGCACUGGAAGCUCUAGGUGGUCCGACACAAGAUGAGCCAUGGUUCAAAGGCAUGGUGACUGAAGAGGACGCUAAAGUCAUGGAGCUCUCGGGGAAGCUGGUGCUCUUGUUUGAGAUCCUCAGAAUGGCUGAAGACCUUGGGGAUAAAGUGCUUGUUUUCAGUCAGUCAUUGAUCUCGUUGGACCUUAUUGAGGACUUCCUGAAAGAUUCUCACAAUGCCAGAAACUCAUCAGCAUUCAAAGCGGGCAGCUGGAUUAAAAACAUUGAUUACUAUCGUCUUGACGGUUCCACCAGUGCUUUGUUAAGGAAGAAAUGGGCUGAUAAGUUCAACAAUGACACCAAUGAUCGUGGCCGAUUGUUUCUCAUUUCAACGAGAGCCGGCUCACUUGGCAUCAACCUCGUCGCUGCGAACCGGGUCAUCAUCUUCGACGCCUCAUGGAAUCCCUCGUAUGACAUACAGAGCAUUUACAGGGUCUACCGCUUCGGUCAGCUCAAACAGGUGUUUGUGUACCGCUUCCUGGCUCAGGGCACCAUGGAGGAGAAGAUCUAUGAUCGUCAGGUGACCAAGCAGUCUUUGUCCUAUCGAGUGGUGGAUCAGCAGCAGAUCAAGAGGCACUACACUCUGUUUGAACUGACUGAACUUUACACAUUCGAGCCGGACCUGCUGGACCACCCAAACUCUAAAAAAAGCAAAAGAAGCACCUCUGUUUUGCCAAAGGAUAAGGUCCUGACACAGCUGUUACAAACCUCUAAAGACCACAUAGUUUCUUUCCACGAGCAUGAAUCUCUGCUGGACCAUAAACAAGAUGAGGAGCUCAGUGAGGCAGAACGCAAAGAUGCGUGGGCCGAGUACGAGGCCGAGUCUUCCAACCCUGCUGCCGCCAUCACCCAGGACACCCUGCAUGCGAAGACCAAUGAACAGCUAGUGGAGUUGCUGAACAAGACCAGAGCGGAUACAAAUGCGACAUUCCUGUCCCUUCAGAGAAUGACUACUCACACUGUGGAGGACUACAUGUUACGAGUUGUGAGUGAAUUUAAGGUCUCAUUAAUAAGGGGAUUUAAAAUGAGGGUCCAUUUCUUUCAAAGUAACUACACUGCUCAAAGAAAUGUUUAACGAACACUUUGAAAACACAUCAGAUCUCAAUGGGAAAAUAAAUCAUGCUGGAUAUCUAUACUGAUAUGGACUGGGUAAUGUGUUAGGAACGAAAGAAUGCCACAUCAUUUGCUGGACAUGAAAAUGAUCAACCGACAGAGGGCUGAAUUCAAAGACACUCCACAAAUCAAAGUAGAAAAUUGAUGCGGCAGGGUAGUAAUUCCAUUGCAAAAACUCAAAAUGGACCAGGGCAUCCCUGAGCUCCUGGACAGUCUCAGGUGCAAUCUGGCAGCUUCGUUUUGACCGAAACGUAAUGUCCCACAGGCGUUAUAUUGGAUUUAGGUCAGUUCCUAAAUUCCUUCCUCCUCCAGGAAAUUUCUGCAUACUCUCGCCACAUUGUCGUGCACCAGAAGGAACCCAGGACUCACUGCACCAGCGUAGGGUCUGACAAUGGGUCCAAGGAUCCUGAUACCUAAUGGCAGUCAGGGUGCUGUUGUCUAGCCUGUAGAGGUCUGUGCGUCCCUCCAUGGAUAGACCAUCACUGAACCACAACCAAACUGGUUAUGCUAAACAAUGUUACAGGCAUCAUAACGUUCUCCACGGCUUCUCCAGACCCUUUCACGUCUGUCACGUGCUCAGGGGGAACCAGCUCUCAUCUGUGAAAAGCACAGGGUGCCUGUCAAUUCUGGGGUUCUGUUGAGCUCCACGUCGGGCCCCCAGGCCAUCCUCAUGAAGUCUGUUUCUGAUUGGUCGGACACAUUCACACCAGAUCAUUUUGUAUGACUCAUCCUGUUCCUCCUUGCACAAAGGAGCAGAUACCUGUCCUGCUGAUGGGUUGAGGCGCUUCUACGGCCCUGUCCAGCUCUCCUACAGUACCUGCUUGUCUCCUGGAAUCUAUUCCAUACGCUUGAGACUGUGCUGGGUGACACAGCAAACCUUCUGGCAAUGUCACGUAUUGAUGUGCAACCUCUAUAGGGUCAAGGUAUCGCCUCAUGCUAGCAGUAGUGACACUGACCCUAGCGGCUAGCCAAAUGCAAAACUAGUGGAAAACAGUCAGAAAAGAUGAGGAAGUGGCCUCCACCUGGAAAACCAUUCCUGUUGUGGGGGUUGUCUCAUUGCUGCCCCUCUAGUGCAACUGUUGUUCAUUUCAUUAACACCAAAGCAGCUGAAACUGAUUAACAACCCCCUCUUCUACUUAACUGACCAGAACAAUAUCCCAGAAGUGUAAUUGACUUAAUGCUAUACUCUGAUUAAAAAGUGUUCCAUACAUUUUUUUGAGCAGUGUAGUAACCAGGUGUGUCUACAUUUCAUCCUCCAAAAAACGUAAAGAUGAAAACAAAGAUAACUAAAGCUGGGAUUUAUUCAUAUUAAAUACAAUUGUUUUACUAACAAGUACUAAUACAAAUAGUAGAGCAUGGAAAAAGCACAGAUUUGGAUCCACUCCAAAAUGUAAUGGGUUCUUCCUUGGCCCAAGAUACACCAUUUCAACAAGCCCCAUGAAAUUGAGGGCAGUUGUUGGUUGGUCAUCCUGCUGACAGACAGACAAAGCCUGGUUGAGGUGCUUAAAGAGCUUACAAAAUGAAGGACAACACUGUUCUUAUUAGGAUAAUAUAUACUAUUAUUAAUGGGAAAUCAUUUGUCAUUAAUGACAAUAUGCCCGCUGUAUUUAUAAAUCGUGAUUUAUUACAACUUUCCAUGCUCGUUUCCGAUGUUACACGACCGCUCCGGACCAAACAGCUUUCGCCGGUUAGUGACGUCACGCACGUCACGAGUAGAACACUUUUUGAAUAAUACACUAACUAUAUGGCUGAUGUCGGACUCUGGCUCGGAUAUUUCGACAGCAUCGAGUGACAGUGAGUCGUCAAUAGACUCGGUGCACUUUCAAGAAGAGGAGGAUUUUAUUGAAGAGGAUGCCGGUGUGGUGGAAUCAGAUCAUGCGGGCGAGUCUAACGUGGUGGAACCAUACCAGUUUGAGCCACAGUAUUCAAGUAGCGGUAGAGAUACAGACGGGAGCGAAAAUGGGGACGAUGAUCCUGUCCGGUGCGGC